AUGUAUCCUACUUCUGUUUCUGGCCUUGUGGCCUUGCCGUUCUUGACUUUGGCUUUGGCUGCGAAUGUUAUCACUGAUGAUACUCACUUCUAUGGACAAUCCGAGCCUGUUUACCCAACACCGGAGCAAGCUGAGAUCGGUGCUUGGGCUGAUGCCAUCACUAAAGCAAAAGGUCUUGUUGCCCAAUUGACUCUCGAAGAGAAAGUCAACCUCACAGCAGGCGGUCAAUCAACAACGGGCUGCUCUGGUUUCAUCCCUGGUAUCCCCCGCGUUAACUUCCCCGGUCUCUGCCUCAACGAUGCCGGAAACGGCGUUCGUAACACAGACUAUGUUUCUUCCUUCCCAUCAGGCAUCCACGUUGGUGCAAGCUGGAAUGAGGAAUUGACGUACAGCCGAAGUUACUACAUGGGUAACGAAGCCAAGACCAAGGGAGUAAAUAUUCUUCUUGGACCUGUUUUCGGCCCUCUUGGUCGUGUUGUUGAAGGUGGAAGAAAUUGGGAGGGUUUCUCGAAUGAUCCUUAUCUUGCGGGUCAGCUUGGAAGGGAGGCGGUUGGUGGUAUCCAGGACGCUGGUGUUAUUGCUUGUGGAAAGCAUUGGCUUGCGCAGGAACAAGAAACGCAUCGUCUUAAUGCUGCCAUCACUGAAGCCCAGCCCGUCUCGUCCAACGUUGACGACAAGACUCUUCAUGAACUUUACAUGUGGCCCUUCGCCGACGCUGUUCAUGCCGGUCUCGGUAGUAUCAUGUGCAGUUACAACCGCGCCAACAACUCCCAAGCCUGCCAAAACUCCAAGCUCCUCAAUGGUCUUCUCAAGGGCGAGCUAGGAUUCCAAGGCUUUGUUGUUUCUGACUGGGGUGCUCAACACUCUGGUAUGGCUUCAGCUCUGGCUGGUAUGGAUAUGGCUAUGCCUACCAACAAGCUGUGGGGUGGCAACCUGACUGCUGGUGUCAACAAUGGUACUAUUCCUGAGGCUCAGCUCGACAACAUGAUCACACGAAUUCUAGCUCCUUGGUUCCAGUUCAACCAAGAUGACUCUUCCUUCCCCUCCCCUGGCCAUGGCAUUGCCGCCAACCUUCUUAUCCCCCACCCUAUCGUCGACGCCCGCAAUGCUAGCUCCAAGUCCACCCUCUGGGAUGGUGCUGUCGAGGGUCACGUUCUCGUCAAGAACACCAACAAGACACUCCCCUUCAAGCCCAACAUGAAGAUGGUCUCCUUGUUCGGCUACUCACACAAGGCUCCCGACAAGAACACCCCAGAGGCUAAGGAACUAUACACCAUGUUCUCUCCCUGGUCCAUCGGUGCCCAGAGUGCAAACAUCACUGAGCUCAACACUGGCUUCAUGGGUAACUUGAGUCUCUCUUACUCUGCCAUCGCACCCAACGGUACUCUGUUCACUGCUGGUGGUUCAGGUGCUAGUGCUGCUAGUUCCAUGAGUGCACCUUUUGAUGCUCUUCUCUACCGCGCUCGCAAGGAGGGUACUGCUAUGUUCUGGGACUUUGAGAGCUGGGAUCCUGCCGUCAACCCUAACACCGAGGCGUGCAUCGUUGCUGGUAACGCUUGGGCUAGCGAGGGCUGGGACAGACCCGGUUUGACUGAUGACUACACUGAUAGUCUCAUCAAUAACGUUGCCGACAAGUGUGCCAACACUAUUGUUGUCUUGCACAACGCUGGUACUCGCCUUGUCGAUGGCUUCAUCAGCCAUCCCAACAUCACCGCUGUUAUCUUCGCCCACCUUCCCGGUCAAGACAGCGGUGAAGCUCUUGUGUCUCUGUUGUAUGGCGACGAGAACCCAUCUGGUCGAUUACCUUAUACUGUUGCCCGCAACGAGACCGACUAUGGUGUUACGCUUAAGGCUGAUCUGACCAUGGCUCCUCAUGAAUAUCAGCACUUUCCCCAAUCUGACUUUACCGAGGGUGUCUUCACUGAUUACCGCCACUUCGACGCUAAGAACAUUACACCUCGUUACGAAUUCGGUUUUGGCCUUAGCUACACUACCUUUGAGUACGCCGACCUCAAGAUCUCCAAGUCCGACGCUAAGUCUGACGAGUAUCCCACCGGCGCUCUCACCGAGGGUGGACGCACCGACCUUUGGGACGUUGUUGCUACCGUGACUGUCAAAGUCAGAAACACCGGUGAUGUCUAUGGCAAGGAAGUUGCGCAGUUGUACGUUGGCGUUCCUGGUAAGGAGAAUCCUUCUAAGCAGCUUCGCGGUUUCAAGAAGCCUAGCAUAAAGGCCGGUGAGGAUGUUGAUGUUACCUUUGAUCUUACUCGUCGUGAUUUGAGUGUUUGGGAUGUUGUUGCUCAGGAGUGGCAGCUUCAGCAGGGUGAUUAUGCUGUUUAUGUUGGACGAAGCAGUCGGGAUCUUCCUCUUGAGGGAACGCUAUCCAUCGAGCAAUAA